CCGCAGAUUGACAGGUACAGUGUCCUGCGAUGUCACCAAAAAAAUCGAGCCCCCACAAGAAGUUCCCCAUUUACGUAAAUAUUUAACCCAUAGAGACAAGCACACAACAUAAACCAACCGAAAAAAUGCCUCAAAUCAGUCUUCCAGUAAUCACAUGUGCGUCUUUCAUACAUCGCACCUAAAAAACAACGUAAUCCAAGUGCAAUGUCGCUCCCUUCGAUCACCAAUUUGACCCUAAUGCAAUCCUUCUUUGGUUUUUUUCUCAAAACUGAAGUCACGUUUAUACCGGGGCUUUUGGAUAAGUAUAUAGGAAAUUACUACAAUAAUACUCUAUGUAAUGGAGCCACUUGGAUGUUUCUGGGGUGGUUUCUUCUGCACGCCAUUUUCGACUCAGUGCUCAACGGUUUGCUUCGAAAAAUGAAGUGUCAAAAGUACGUCCGUACUCGCCUACAAAAGUCCCUGUGGUACCUAGGUUUUUACGUAACGGCCUGUAUUUACUGUCUCGCGACGUUGUUCCGAAACCAGCUGCAAAUAAUCAAAAUGAAGGAACCCUUCGAUAGUACAAAUUUACCUUCUGGUCAUUUAAUUUUAGGAUUUAUUAUGAUGUUGACGUUUUAUUUACACAGCGCCUUCUGGGAGGGGGUUAAGUACGAAGACGCGACGCUCUUUUUGAGUUACUUAAGUUUGUUUUUAUUUUUGUGUUUUUCGUAUUUCUUCAGAUUUGUGGAAGGAAGCUUUAGGUUGAAUAUCGUGAUUUGUGUGACUCAUAUUAUGCUAGAGUUGACACGUUGCACGGCCUUAUUGGAGCGGAGUAAAAGCAGAGAUCGUGUGAUUGGCGGAAAUUUCGCGCUCAGUAUUUUGGUUUUUGUGGUUAACUACGCAAUCGUGAUUCCGGUGCUCUUCGGCUAUCCAUUAAUCAAAGGAAACUCGACGUCCGUCGCCAUCUUGCUUUCAGUUUUACUCGUGUGGCUACUUUUCGAAACCUACUCAUCUGUUUGCUUCAAAGCUUUGUGUCACUGGAUGAACCACACCGCUUCCGAACAAUGCGGCAAAGACAUCUUCGAGUGCUCGCUUUUCCCGCCGAGGAGUGACGCAACCUAUACUUUCUUACGUCUACAAAAAGAAAUGAAAGAAAGACAAGAGAAGGGUAUGGCGGCUAAAAGACCAAAGAAUAGAAAUAUGGUGUUUCAGACUUUGAAAUGUAUGGUGGCGAUGAAGAGGAAGAUUAAGGAACGGCGGAAAAGUAUCGAUGAAACGAAACAGUCGCUGAAUGACGAAAAUAGGGAGAAAGACGAAAACGGGAUUAUGUUUGAAACGUAUGACGAUGUAGAUUCUCAAAUUGUGGAUGGUAAAAUCGCUUUUAAUAUUAACGGGAAGAGUAAGCAGGAGUGAGUGUGGGACCGGCCUCGAUGAGUUUUUUGUGUUCAAUAAAUGCCAAGCUGCUUU